AUGGCAGAAACAAGGAAAACUAAAGACCAACAUGAGGAAUCAAGUGAAGAGAAAGUAGAGGAGGUUGUUUUUUUGGAGGAAGAAGAUAUAUCAAAAGGUGUGAAUGCUUGCACUAACAGUCUCUAUGGUAGAAUUUUUGCUGCCAAAACAUUCUCGAUAGGAACCAUGGAUAAUGCACUAAAGGCAAUUUGGGGUAAACCAGAGGGAUUCAAAGUCUGCGACAUGGGCGAUAACAAAUUCCAAUUUUUCUUCUCUAAUGAAGUGGAUGUAAUCCGUAUUGAACGUGGAGCAUCGUGGCUGUUCAAAGAUUAUGUACUUCAUGUCAAACGGUGGAAUAAAGAGUAUACCCCCAAUGUGGAGAUCAUAACUAGUUUCCCAGUUUGGACACAAUUUUGGGGAUUACCAGAACCGUUUAAAAUGCUAGAAGUUUCCAAGAAGUUAAGGGAACGGAUAGUGUAG